UUUCUUGAGUUAAUUCAACUUUUUUUUUUCCAUACAAUUUCUUUGUUUUUUUUUCUUUUCCAAAAAUAUGAUACAAUAGUAUAACAUUUACUAGCAAACCUACUCCACUAUGAAGCAUGAGCAUGACAAAUACUUUUAACAAACCCUUAAUGGUUGGCUAAUUACUUAAGAAAAGAUUAUUGCAUUAACUAAUCAAGGAAAAAUUUGUUCAUCAGUACAUAUGAAGAGUUGAAGACACAUCUCUUGGACAAUGUUUUCUCAAUGUUUUAAAUACAUAUUGUUUUAAAUACGUAGUUUAACGAUUAAUAAUCAACAAUUAAACUUUCAAUUAAAACUUGUUCUCUUUACUUGAAAUAAGGUGAUCUAAUUAGAUUUUAAUAAAAGUUCUUGUGUAAUUUAGUCCAUCUUUUUAGUACACAGUAUGACAAAUUGACCAAUAAUUUAAAUAAAAAAAAUACUCCAUAAUAAUAAUAAAUAAAUAAAUAAAAUAAACAUUACAUCAAAAUGUAGAGCAAAAUAGGUACUCCAUAAUAAUAAUAAAUAAAUAAAUAAAAGACAGUUCCCAGUUUUUAUUUUUCGACACCCUAAAUCCGAAGAAAUAAAACAAGAACUCAUAAAAAUCCCAAAUGAAUUUAUGGCCCCCACUUUCAAGUAGUGUUGACGAUCACACAGCUUCCCAGUUAAUUCGGCUUGAUCUCUUCUUCUUUACCCUUUGACUCCCUUUCUUACACAAGAUGGAAGAAGAGUCAGGUAAUAUUGGGAUAGUACAAGAUGAUGUUGUUAGUAUAACUCUGCAGAGUGAGGGUAACAGGGAAGAACUAGAUUUCUACAACAUAGUAGCUGAUGGAAGGAAAGAAUUUGUUGCUCCUGCUGUUGGAAUGGAAUUUGAGUCAUAUGAUGAUGCAUACAACUAUUAUAACUGUUAUGCCAAGGAAGUGGGCUUUCGUGUCAGAGUGAAAAAUUCAUGGUUUAAACGGAAUAGUAAGGAGAAAUAUGGUGCUGUACUUUGUUGCAGUAGCCAAGGUUUCAAAAGAAUCAAAGACGUGAAUCGUUUGAGGAAGGAGACCCGUACUGGGUGUCCAGCAAUGAUCAGAAUAAGACUAGUGGACUCAAGAAGAUGGAGGAUUCUCGAAGCCACACUUGAACACAACCAUUUAUUGGGACCAAGAAUGUACAAGACAAUAAAGACUGUUGAGGCUGAUUCGAAGAGGAAGUCUCUCUUUAACUCUAAUGCAGAGGGACAAACAAUUAAGCUAUACAAGGCAGUUGUCAUAGACAGUAGUGAUACUGGAUGUCUGAAUACCAGUGCGAAAGAAACCCCAAGUUUCUCUAAUCAUCAUAAUCAGCUGCACCUCAAGAAAGGCGAUGCACAGGCCAUUUAUAAUUACCUCUGUCGUAUGCAAUUGACUAAUCCAAACUUCUUUUACCUGAUGGAUUUCAAUGAUGAAGGGUGUAUCAAACAUGUCUUCUGGAUAGAUGCUAGGUCUAGGGCUGCAUGUGGUUACUUUGGUGAUGUCAUAUUCUUGGAUAACUGUUACUUAGCAAACAAAUAUGAAAUUCCCUUGGUGGUGUUUGUUGGAGUAAAUCAUCAUGGCCAAACUGUGUUAUUGGGUUGUGGUCUGCUUGCUGGAGAGACAACAGAGUCAUACACCUGGUUACUAAAAACAUGGCUCAAAUGUAUGUCUGGUCACUCCCCACAAACCAUAAUUACAGAUAGAUCUCAGACUUUGCAGAGUGCAAUUAGCGAGGUGUUCCCUAGAUCGCUUCAUCGUUAUGGUAUUUCACUAAUAAUGAGAAAAAUACCUGAAAAAUUGGGAGGAUUGCGUAACUAUGAUGCAAUUAGGAAAACUUUUGCUAAAGCAGUCUAUGAAACAUUGAAGGUGGGUGAGUUUGAGGCUGCUUGGGGACAGAUGGUUCAGCAACAUGGAAUUGCUAAUCACGAGUGGCUGCGAUCUUUGUAUGAAGAUCGUGUCCGAUGGGCACCAGUCUACUUGAAAGAUACCUUCUUUGCUGGUAUGUCAACAGCACGGCCUGCUGAUAUUCUGCAUCCAUUUUUUGAGAAGUAUGUACAUAAACAAACACCCCUUAAAGAAUUUUUUGACAAGUAUGAGUUAGCGUUACAUAAGAAGCACAAGGAAGAAACUCUUUCUGACAUUGAGUCAAGAAGCUCAAGCUCUCUGUUGAAAACAAAAUGCUCUUUCGAACAGCAACUGUCAAAGAUCUAUACAAAAGAAAUAUUUCAGAAAUUCCAGCUUGAGGUGGAGGAGAUGUAUUCCUGUUUUAGCACAACACAGCUCCAUGUUGAUGGACCGUACAUAAUAUUCUUGGUGAAAGAACGUCUUCUUGGUGAGGGCAACAGGAGAGAGAUUCGAGAUUAUGAAGUUUAUUACAAUAGAGGAUCAGCCGAAGUUCGAUGUAUCUGCAGCUGCUUUAACUUUAAUGGUUACCUCUGUAGACAUGCAUUAUGUGUCCUUAAUUUUAAUGGGGUAGAGGAAAUACCAGCAAAAUAUAUAUUGUCAAGAUGGAAAAAGGAGUAUAAACGCUUGUAUGUCAUAGAUCAUGCUAACAACACUAUAGAUAUCAAUGAUCGGAUUCAACGGUUUAAUCAGUUGUAUAGAAGUGCAUUACGAGUUGUAGAGGAAGGGGUUAUCUCCAUAGAUCAUUACAGUAGUGCUUCACAAGCCUUUGAGGAGUCAUUGAACAGAGUCCAUAAUGUAGAGGAGAAACAAGAGUAGCAUAUGUUGUAGCUAAAGAAUAAUUUGUUGAUAAUUGUUGGUGCUGCUUGGAAAUUUGUGAGCAGAAAUAUAUUCUUUCUUCCUCCAGUGGAUCUUUUUUCCAAUCAAAUGCGUCUCUUCUACAUUUCAGCAGGAAGCAAGCUAAAGAUCUGCAGGAAAUGUGUCAGGGUAUGACUUUGCCUGACAUCAUGCUUAUUUACAUGCAGGAGUAGAUCUUGGUCUUCUACUUAUCAAUUCAUCAUCCUCUUCUUCAAUCCUAUGAAUAUGGUAUCCCCCCUUAAAAGUACUGAAUGUACUGGAGAUGAUGUAUCGGUGAAGCUGAAGAGUUUAAGGUUUAAGGAGAAUAUAGAGUGACAUAAUUUAUUGGACAAAAUGAUAUAUCCAUGAAUGUGAUAUGGUUUUGAGUCUUACACAGCUUUUGCAAUUAUAAAGCUGAGGAACGAGAAUUAAAGCAAGGUUGCAAGCACUAAUAGCCUAAUUAGCCAAUGUACUUAUAGUUGAUGAUCGUUUUCUGGAAAACAGGAAUCUGCAAAUUCUGCCAUAAGGUAAAAGAACUCGUGAUUGUUACUAGUUUGAAUUUGUAUUCUACUAGGAGUAUGUUUUUUAAAAGAAAAUGUAAUAGCAGGAAAUGAAUCAGAAGGUUGUAAAUUCUACAGUAAUUGCACAGAGUAUUUGAUACCUUACCAUA